AUGCUGUAUCUUAGACAAAUGCGACGUACAGGGAGACUCACUGUAAUAUUUGUAUGUUUGGCCAUUGCAUACUAUUUAUAUUCAGUGUUUCACCAUCAGAAUUUGGAUGGAUAUACAAAUAAUAGUGUCUCUAAGAAUGUACCCUACAUGUUCUAUAAUAAAUUGUUUGAAGAUAUUGACUUUUUUAAACCAUUGAAUCCACCUGAAAAGACUAGUUCUUUGAUGAAUAGCAACACUUGCAAAAAAUUUGGGAAUUAUGGCUUGAAUGACGCUAAGAAAUUUAACCAUUUGACUUAUUAUCAUCUAAGUGAAUGUUAUCAUUUAGAUAAUAAUCAAUUUAAAAACCUUCAUGAUUCUCAUAAUGGUUAUAUGAAAGAAAUUAUUGAACAAUUCCCCGUGGACAUUAUCAAGAGAUUGAAUGUUAAAGGUAAAGGUAUCGUCACUGUAGGUGGUGGAAGAUAUUCCGUGCUAUUAUUGACUAUGCUAGAGACAUUGAGACACAAGGGAACUACUUUACCUGUUGAAGUCUUUAUACCACCAAGCGAUGAAGGUGAUGAUGACUUUUGUAAUAAUGUGGUUCCUAAAUUCAAUGCCAAAUGUAUAUAUUUCAAAGAUAUAUUACCACCGAAUAUUGUUGAAGGCGUAGAAGUGAAAAGUUAUCAAAUUAAAGCAAUGGCUCUAGUAAUGUCUAGUUUCAAAGAUAUCGUGUUUAUAGAUGCUGAUAAUUUUGCAAUGAAAAAUAUAGAUCAUAUAUUUGAUUCAAAGAUCUACAAGGACACAGGUCUAGUGAUAUGGCCGGACUUAUGGAGAAGAUUCACCGCCCCUGUAUAUUAUGAUAUUGCUGAUAUUCCAUAUAAUAAAAAUAAAAGAGUUCGUAACUCAUUCGAUGAUGUCUCCCCAGUGUCUCGUUAUGAUAAGGCUUCCAAUAAUAUUGACUCCCUGUCUAAGGAUUCUCAUAUCCCAUUCCAUGAUCUGGAAGGGACCAUAGCUGAUCCUGCCAGUGAAUCGGGACAAAUGUUAGUGGACAAACAAAAACAUUUGCAUACGUUGUUGUUAGCAUUGUACUACAAUAUUUAUGGUCCUAUGUGGUAUUACAACAUGUUCUCUCAAGGUACCGCAGGGCAAGGUGACAAAGAGACAUUUAUCUCGGCUGCUCAUGCUUUGGGUCUGCCUUAUUACCAAGUGAGAACUCCAAUAGAGUUUGAUGGGUUCCAUCAUGACACCAAAUUUUUUCAAGGGUUGGGUUUAUUGCAACAUGAUUUCAUUCAGGAUUAUGAAUUGCAUCUGAAAUUAAAGAAGACAGUGAGUGAAAACCCAGAGAAAUACAAUAAAUUUGAUCCAGAUUAUGAUUUGGAUAAUACAUAUAAGAGACAAAUGUUAAAAACACAAGGUGAAACCCAUGAAAAUUUCGUCGAUGUGAUGUUUUUACAUGCAAGUUUUUACAAAUUUGACGCAUGGUCUAUGUAUGAUGAGAAGAAUUUCCUAAUGAGCACUGGAGCUCACACCAGAGGUUUCACUAACCAGAAAUCUUACAAUGGAUUUGAUUUUGAAAUGUUCAAUUUCAAAGCAUUGCAAAGACAAUUGUGUAAUGCAGACAUGUCCCUAAACCAUAGGAACUUCAAAUAUCUGAAUAAGAAGAUUUCUAGUGAGGACUGGCCUAAAGUGUGUGAAUACAUCAAUGAACAUGUCGAGUAUUUGAACAAGCAUCCAAUGGACAGCGACAAAUAA